AUGGAAAUCAUCGCACCAUUCACAGGAAGUCUGAGGAGGCAGUGGAGAAGAAGAGGGUAUAAUCGUCUUUCCCCAUCUCGAAACAGGAGAAAUCUGCGAGUCGAAAAGCUCGGCGCCGGAAACACCAAACGGUUUUCAUGGCGGUUCCGGCUGGGCCGGAAGCUCCGGCUGGCGGCGUCGCCGGCGAGGCUGUGGUGGAGGAUGAAGAAUGCGUACGUGAAUAUGAUGCUGCGAUUGGGUGCCCCGAACGCCUUCGGCAAUAAGAGGAUACCCAAAGCUCGGGAAGGUCCUCCCAUGGCGUAUUCCAAGACUGAGUUCGAAAACAGACUGGUCUUUGAGAUAUACAAAUCCAUGGUGUCGUCGUUCGAGCUGGGAUACACCACCAAAUUGUCGUGA